UUGUAAAAUUGCUGCAUGAAAUUGCUACCCUUCUUUUGUUGUUGUUGGUGGUGGUGGGGUCAAAUUUGUCUGAACUUGCUGGCUUCCAGAGCAGCAAAAUUCUUGGGAAAAAGAAUCUCCCAACGGCUCCUCUCCUCUCCUCUGCGGUGGAUCCAGUUAUAUGACCGUUGGUGGGCCCAAUCUCUUUCUCACAUUUCAAAUAUAAACCUUCACAACUCAUCACAUUGUCCUAAACACAACAACAACAUUAACACAAACAAACAACUCAUCUGUCUCUCAAUUUUGCUACAUUUCUCUCCUCAGUCUGUAACCAUGACUGCUGAGGCUAUGGCUCAAGAAGAAACCCAGACACCUGAGGUUGUUGUUGCACAAGAGGGGAAGGUUGUUGCUGAAGGAGAUAUGGCAGUGGAACCAAUGGAGUCAGAAACCAAACCCAAGACGGUGGAGAAGAGCUCUUCUUACAAGGAAGAGAGCAACUUCCUUUCUGAUCUCAAGGAGUUUGAGAGAAAGGCUUUGAAUGAGUUCAAGGCAAAGCUGGAAGAAGCUAUCUCUGGUAACACCCUGUUUGAGAAAGAAGAGACAAAGAAGGUUGAAGAAUCAACAAUAGUUGCUGAGGAAGAAGGUGCUGAAGAGAGUAAGGAAGCUGUGAAAGAAGAAGAGAAAGUUGAGGAAGAAAAGGUUGAAGGUUCAACAACAGUUGCUGAGGAAGAAGGUGCCGAAGAGAGUGAGAAAGCUGUGAAAGAAGAAGAGAAGGUUGAGGAGGAGAAGGAGAAGGAUGCUGUGUCCCUUUGGGGGGUACCCCUUUUGCCAAGUGAGGGAGCUGAAGGUGCUGAUGUGGUUCUGUUGAAGUUCUUGAGGGCGAGGGAGUUCAAGGUGAAUGAAGCUUUUGAGAUGCUGAAGAAGACCCUUAAAUGGAGGAAGGAAUCGAAGAUUGAUUCGGUUCUGGAUGAGGAAUUUGACUCUGAUUUAGCCUCUGCUGCUUACAUGAAUGGUGUUGAUCGUGAAGGGCACCCUGUGUGCUACAACAUUUUUGGUGUGUUUGACAGUGAAGAGAUUUACCAGAAGGCUUUUGGCACAGAGGAGAAGAGAAGUGAGUUCUUGAGAUGGAGGUGCCAGUUGAUGGAGAAAGGUAUUCAGAAGCUGAAUUUGAAGCCAGGUGGUGUUUCUUCUUUGCUUCAAAUCAAUGACCUUAAGAAUUCCCCUGGUCCUUCCAAGAAGGAGCUGAGAGUUGCUACAAAGCAAACCAUUGCAAUGUUGCAGGACAAUUACCCUGAAUUGGUGGCAAAAAAUAUUUUCAUCAAUGUUCCUUUCUGGUAUUAUGCUUUGAAUGCUCUGAUAUCUCCUUUCUUAACCCAAAGAACAAAGAGCAAAUUUGUGAUUGGUCGUCCUGCUAAGGUCACUGAGACACUCAUCAAGUACAUUCCAAUUGAGGAAAUCCCAGUUCACUAUGGUGGUUUCAAGAGGGAAGAUGAUUCUGAGUUCACUGCCCAAGAUGGUGCUGCUUCAGAACUCUUUCUCAAGGCUGGAUCAACUGCAACUAUUGAGAUUCCUGCAUUAGAGGUUGGAAGCAAUAUAUGUUGGGAUUUGACAGUUAUGGGUUGGGAAGUAAGUUACAAGGAGGAAUUUGAUCCUGCUGAUGAGGGUUCUUACACAGUGAUUGUGCAAAAAGGAAAGAAGAUUGGUUCACAAGAAGGACCUAUUAGGAACACUUUCAGGAACAAUGAACCUGGGAAAGUUAUCCUGACAAUUGAGAACACAUCAAACAAGAAGAAGAGGGUUCUGUAUCGGUACAAGGCAAGCAAGAGCGCGCUCUGAGGAUACAAUUCAAAUCAGGAGUUCUAGUUUUGUUCAAUUGUGUUUAAUUUGCUAUGAUUUGGAUUCUAUGAGGGUAGGUGAAAUGUGUGAAGAUUGAAGAAAUAGAGGCAUUCUUUCAUUGUUUAAAAUUGGUUUACAUUGUGAUUUAUUCCAUACAUUUUUUUGUUCAAAUGAAAUUGAUUGAAAGUCCAUUCAUUUUUUCUAGUA